AUGGCGUCGAAUUCCAACCGCUUCUCAACCUACACGACUGCCUCUGGCGGCUCCGAGAGCAAGAAUGGCGAGCCAAAGAAGGAUAUGUGGAGCUCUAUGCUCGACUCCGUUGCCAGCGGGAAGCGAUUGCCCGAGAGGAACCUUCUCGUCAUGGGCGGAACCGUCGAGUCGCAACGCGAAUUCAUAGAGUCCCUCUCCAACAACGAGCUGCGGCGGAACUACGACCGCCAGAACAAAAUCCCUCCCGUGGCCAACCAGUUUGCGCUCGGCUAUACAUACUAUGACCUGCUCGAUGCAGACCAUGAAGACAUACUGGCCCGUAUCUCCACGUAUCUCCUGACCAGUCCCUCGCCUUCCUUCGCCUCGCUCAUAAAGCCACUCCUCACUCCGCAAUCGAUACCGAACACGCUGUUGGUCGUCCUCCUAGACUGGUCGGAACCAUGGUCCUGGGUGAGGCAGCUCAGAGAAUGGAUGCUGCUCCUGCGGACUGUCCUGCUUGCACUGCCGGAUGAGAGCAAGAUAGCCAUGGAGGAAGGGAUGAGCUUGUGGAAAGAGAGGGGCCGCGGCGGCUCUCUGAACCUCGACGGCACAACGGCAACGGCGGCCAGCGAGGGCGAUGUGUCAUUACCGCUAGGCCCAGGUGAAUGGGAGGAACCUCUAGGCCUACCCCUCUGUGUCGUGUGCCAGAACUCCGAGAAGAUGGAGUACUUGGAGAAGACGCAGAGCUGGAAGGAGGAAGAAUUUGAUGUCGUGCUCCAGUUCAUGCGGACGAUACUGCUCAGGCACGGCGCAUCACUCAUCUACACUACGCCUUCCGUGCCAUCCCAGCUACCAACGCUUGUCCACUCCAGUCUUGGCAUACAUUCGCUUCUAAAGAAGCAGCCCCUGAAGCCCAACGUUAUCGACAGAGACAAGGUCGCCGUGCCUCCGAACUGGGACUCUUGGGGCAAAAUCAGAGUUCUACGUGAGGGUUUUGACGUCGAAGCUGUGAGUGAGGGAUGGUCUAUUGAUUUGGAGACCAAGUUCCCUCCCCCAGGCAGGAACCAGGCUAUUGAGAAUGGAGAAGCGAACGGUGAUGACUACGACAUAGACGGCUAUGAGAUCACACCUGGCUCGGCAGUGACGACGUUUGAGGAAUCGAUCAGGAACCCAACUCUUGAUGCUCUGCAGAUGGCCGGACGAGACACACACUCAACGAAACUGGAAGUAGAGACGAUGGACACACAGGACUUCCUCGCAUCUCAAACCCAGAGACUGGAAACCUUCAAGCAAAAGAUGGAGGAGGAGAACCAAAGCAAUGACACCAAGAAUGCAAAGAAGCCCGCCAAGGUUGACGAAGACGGUCGCCAGGUCAAUGUCAGCGACCAUAUCGGACCGGUGCAAUUCAACGUCGGUGGCAUCCAGGUUGAUGCCGACGACAUGAUGAAGCGCCUACAGGACCGCCAAGCAUAUGGCUCAUCACCUGAGCCGGAGAGCCCCGUUGAUGAUAGCACACAGGCACAGCAGCCCAUCGAUACCGAGAACCUUCAGAAUUUCUUCACCAACCUCAUGAAUCGGAACACGUCGGCGAGAACUGGAUCUUAG